GGACAAAGGUCAAUUAGACGAGUCAGGAAACGUUUGUUCGUUUUUGCAUGAUCUAAAUGAAAUGAAGAAGCCGUGAUUCCCGACUGGACAUUGAACUUAUCGCCUGCGUACGAUCAAACUGGAACGCUGCAUCGGCGGCUGCUUGUUGACUUUAUGCGGUUAUGGAUCCCAGCCUUCCCUGCUACAUCCUCUUCUUCGUCCUGAUUGGCUGUGUCCAGAGCUCGCUCGGUGACCCUCAGCAGCACAAUGAGACCCGUCACCACGAGUACUGCGUGCUGGGCGCCGGGCCUGCGGGACUCCAGAUGGGGUUUUUCCUCAACAAGGCUAAAAGAGACUACAUCAUCCUGGAGAGGAACUCGGGACCCGGCAGCUUCUUUAACAAGUACCCCCGCCACAGGAAGCUGAUCAGCAUCAAUAAGAUCCACACGGGGCGUCAGAACCGGGAGUUCAACCUGCGGCACGACUGGAACUCGCUGCUGAGCGACAAACCGGACCUCCUGUUCAAAAGAGUCAGCGGCGAGUUCUAUCCUCCGGCUGAUUCCUUCCCGGCGUACCUGUCCGUGUUCUCGAAGGAGCUCGGGCUGAAGGUUCGCUACGGCGUGGACGUCGGCAGAAUCCGGGCGGUGCUGUUGGCGAGCGGCCGGAGAUACAUCCUGACCGACCAGCACGCGGCGGACUACACGUGCAGCGUCCUCCUGGUGGCGACCGGUUUGUGGGUUCCUCAGGAGGUCGAGUUCGUCGGUUCCGAUCUGGUUGAAGGCUACGAGUCCAUCUCGACCGACCCGGAGGACUACAGGAACCAGGCCGUGCUGAUCCUGGGCAAAGGGAACGCCGCUUUUGAAACGGCGCAAAGCAUCCUGGGAAGCGCGAGCCGGGUGCACAUGCUCAGUUCGAGCCCCGUUCGGCUCGCCUGGCAGACGCAUUACGUCGGAGACCUGAGAGCGGUGAACAACGAGCUGCUGGACACGUACCAGCUGAAGUCUCUGGACGGGCUGCUCGAGGCUCGUCUGGAGAAAGUCGUCAUCGCUCAGAGGAAGGAGCAGAGCAGCAGGCGGCGGCGGUCGGGCGUCGAGAAGAGAGAGAAGAAGGGAAAGCUGUUUUUGACUUUAAAUAAAUAUUUACAAAACCGGGGCGAGAAGAACGACUCGGGCGUGGCGGGAGAAGAGCUGCCGGCGUUUCACUACGACAACUUCUCCAUGAGGAAGCCGUACGACCGCGUGAUUCGAUGCCUCGGGUUCAGAUUCAACUUCAGCGUGUUUGACCGCUCCGCCUGCCCUCCAAACAGUGAGAACGCCAAGGGGAGGUUGCCCGGGGUUACCGCCUGGUACGAAGGUAAAAACACUCCCGGGUUGUUUGUGCUGGGGACCGCCGCUCACUCCAGAGACUACCGAGCGUCCGCUGGAGGCUUCGUCCACGGGUUUCGUUACACGGUGCGAGCUGUUCAUCGUGUUCUCGAGCGGCGCCGUCACGGUGAAAAGUGGCCUUCAACCAGACUGUCGACCUCGCAGCUGCAGUCGUGGAUCCUGAAGCGCGUCGGCGAGGCUUCAGGAACGUAUCAGAUGUUCGAGGUGCUGGGAGACGUCAUACUUCUUCGAGGCUCUCACUGUGAAUACCUGGAGGAGUUUCCUCUUCAGGCGCUGCCUCGGCUCUCGUUUCUGUCGGGUCACGGCGUGUCCGACCACGGGCUGAUCGUUCUCCUCAUGCAGUACGGGAAGACCAAGAUCGACUUUCUGGGGCGGAGCCGAGCAGAAACAGACUGGACCAAAGCCUGGAAAUCCAACUUUCUGCACCCUGUGUUAUACUACUACGACACGCCCCCUACAGAUGAAGAUAUGAAGCUCCGUCCUCACGGCUGGCCUUUACCCAGACCUAAAGCGAUCCACCACAUGGUGGAGGACUUCCUCACCGAGUGGGACGGUCCCGUUUCUCACAUUCAGCCGCUGAGGCGCUUCCUGGAGCACGCGGUCCAAACCGACCUCAGGAGUUUCUAUGCAGAAUCAUGUUUCCGUUUCUCCCUCACCCACCGAAAGCCGCCGCUCUUCUGUCAGCACGGAUACCUGAAGCAGCAGGGCGUCGCUCACGACCGUCAGCCGUGGCAGAACGUUGACGUGGCGGGUUUGACGCCCGCUGAGACGGAUUCAGACGCAUCCGGAGCCGACCCCGCUCUCCCCAACUACCUGUCUGGAGCCGGAGCCUCCGUGUCGUCGGGACUGAAGCUUGACCUCUGAAUGUUUUUAUUGGAGCGUGUUUAAUCUGUGAUCAUGAUGCUGGUUGUGUCCCUCAGACUUUCUACCUCCGUUAUCCUCUAUAUUUCCCUCCACACGACCAAAUACGUCCAACAGACUAAAACUAAUCAAACACGUCCGUUUCAACCAAAGAGUGUUUUCUUUCUGUGUUAUAAAAAGUGUCCUAACAGGUCAAACGAGCAGAAAUGGAGAAAAGUAUGAGAAAGUGUCACUGUUAAUUUCUUCUUCUCAGAAAAGUCCUCUGUUUAUCACUGGAGAAGCACUUUGUCCCUUCAGAGCUCCCUUAUUUUUAUUCCUCACUAAAUAUUUAUACACAUUAUAUUAUAACGUUUUCAUAUCAUGUACGUGUAAAAUAUCUGAAGCUGUAUCUGUGGAGGGUUUUAAAAUUAUGUUUCAUGAUGGUUUCUGAAUAAACCGAGUGAAAUCA